UUUAAAGUUUCAUAGUGCUUCUGAUUCAACUUAUGAGUGAUUUAAAUUAUAUUAAAGAUGAUUGUUCAAACUUACGGCCGUCGGAAUCGAGGUAUAGAGAAAGGUGUUUACUCCGACUGCCAUGAAGUAUCUGACGAAUUUGAACACUCUUUGUCUCCCCAGUCUCAAGAUACUUCUAAUUGGUCCAGUAGAGGCCCUCAUCUGACAAUUUUUCCCUCAGGUGGUAACUGGGUCAGGGAGAAUUUGGAUGACGGGACUGUUGUUUCUAGGAAAUUGAAGAAGGGAAUGACUGGGAAGGAAGAUGAGAAGAAAUUGGGGUCUAAAAAGUUGAAAUUUAUGGGUUCAAAUUCUACAUGCGGUCAGGUAGAUGUUAGCACGACAACAUUGAUGGAGACACAGGAAUUUGGGGAAAUGAUGGAACAUGUGGAUGAGGUUAAUUUUGCACUGGACGGAUUAAGGAAGGGCCAACCAGUUCGCAUCAGGCGGGCGAGUUUGCUGUCGUUGUUAUCGAUUUGUGGCUCACAACAGCAGCGACGACUUCUAAGAACUCAUGGGUUGGCCAAAACAAUCAUCGAUGCUGUUUUUGUGCUCAACUUUGAUGAUUCACCAAGCAAUCUGGCAGCUGCUGCACUCUUCUAUAUUUUUACAAGUGAUUGUCAAGAUGAUCAGUUAUUGGAUUCAGCAAGUAGCAUCCAAUUUCUGAUGAAGUUGUUGAAACCAGUUGCCUAUGCUUCUUGUAACAAGACGGCACCAAAUAUUGGCUGGAAGCUUCUAGCACUUCGGAAGAACAUUGAAGUUUUACAAAAUUCUGGCAAAGAACUGGAUUCCACAACUAGUGCAAUUACACUCAAAGUUCAGGAGCUUCUUGUUAGUUGUAAGGAAAUGAAGUCUGGCAGCAAUGACACAACCAGAAAGCCGGAGCUGAGUCCCAAAUGGAUGGCUUUGUUCACAAUUGAAAAGGCAUGCUUAACAACUAUUUCCCUUCAAGACACCACUGGUGCCGUUCGAAAGACUGGAGGAAAGUUCAAGGAAAGAUUCCGAGAGUUGGGAGGACUUGAUGCGGUCUUUGAUGUCAUCCGGAAUUGCCAUUCUCCUUUAAAGAGGUGGUUAAAUCAAGUCUCCAUUCAGAAUCAACAUUUAAAAGGAAGUUUGGAUCUGGAAAGCCUAGCGCUGCUUCUAAAAUGUCUGAGAAUCAAUGAAAACGCAACAUUUCUUAGUGAGAAUAAUCAGAAUCAUUUACUUGGUCUUAGAGGAAGCUUUGUCCAUGAGGGCAUCCCUGAAUCUUUUGUGGAACUUAUCAUAAGUAUCAUUAAGAUUCUAUCAGGUCUUUUGUUAUUGAGAAGUUCCUUUGACGAAAUAGAUGAUAAAAUGUUCCAUGACCUUUCUAUUAGGAUUGAGAAAGAUACUCGGAGUCAUUCUAAGGGAAACCACAAAGCAGAAAACAAUGAGAUUAUAACCAUUAGUUCUUCUAAUAGUUCAUCAAGCACUGAACAUUCUUCUCAGAAGAGUCUAAGUACAUCACAAGACUAUCAAUGGUUGACCUCUGGUAAAUCAGAAGAUUCUAAGACAGCUUCUGGUAUGACUGGGACAUAUGUGGCUGAAUCUAAGUUGUUACAAGCUAAUUCCUCUAAUUCCAGCUUGUGCAGCGGGACAAGCUCAAUUGUUCCGAGAUCUUUUCAUAAUAUUGGAAAAGGAUGCACUAUUAUUGAAAUUUCCGAUUCUGAGAGUCAAGAGAAUAGUCAGGAUCCCUUUGCUUUUCAUGAGAAGGAAUUUAAACCCUCAAAAUGGGAGUUACUUUCUGGGGUUAAUAUGCCUCUCAGAAUCCAACACAAUAAGGAGUUAAAUUGGACAAAUGGAAUUGAGUGUCAAUCUGAACAAGUUUUGAGUUUAGUGAAGUCUAGCAACGAGGAAAAUCAUCAGUUUGAUGCCUCUUCCUCCACAGCUCUUGACGAGGAUACGCGAAACCUUCUGUAUGACUGCAUGCUUACAGCUGUCAAGGUCUUGAUGAACUUGACGAAUGAUAACCCUAAGGGAUGUGACCAAAUUGCCUCCUGUGGAGGACUAGAGACUCUAUCAUCUUUAAUUGCUGUCCACUUCCCAUCAUUCACAACUUCCAUGCCUUCACUCUCUGGGAUAAAAACUAAUGUCUGGAAGUCCGAGUGUGAAAACCAUCAGAAGGAAACAAAUCUUUCUGACCAGGAGUUAGAUCUACUUGUGGCUAUUCUUGGAUUGCUUGUUAAUCUGGUUGAGAAAGAUAAUCACAACAGAUUGAAGCUUGUGGAAACUAGUGUUCCAUUGAUUAUGAAGAAAGAAGGAAAAAUGGAGAGACAUGUCAAUGUGAUUCCUCUACUAUGCUCAAUCUUCUUGGCAUAUCAAAGGGAAGGCGAUGCAGGCGAAGAAGGGAAGACACUUGAGUUGGACGAUGAGGAGGCUGUAUUGAAAGGAGCCAAAGAAGCUGAGAAGAUGAUUGUUGAAGCUUAUGCUGCUCUUCUUCUUGCAUUCCUUUCAAUGGAGAAUAAGGCCACCCGCAACUCAAUUGCCCAGUGCCUCCCAAGCUGCAAGCUCAAUGUCCUUGUACCUGUACUAGAAAGAUUUGUGGAAUUUCAUAUGAGCUUGAACAUGAUCUCACCGGAGACGCACAAAACCGUGCUUGAAGUAAUAGAAUCAUGUAGGAUAGCUUGAAAUCAAGAUGUUAUAUUUGGAUCUUGUACAGAGACAAAGAGACAUGUGUUUAGUUUCGAUAUUGUUGUUGAAUUUAAACUCUUGGAUGGCAACAUGGAAAUCGUCCAAAGCAAGUAUACUAUUGACAAACAGUUAA